AUGAAGGAACUUCUCCAAGGCAGAGAAGUGUUAACUAGUGACAGUCAGUUGGAGGUUCUUCCACUCAGCACAGAUCAGCUGCCAUCUCCAUCAAAAAGAAUGGAAGAAAGGGGAACCAGUGGAGGGCUUCUGAACAUGAACACAACCUCAACCAGGGAAACUGAAAUGACAGCAACGAGUGCAAUCAACCAGAUAUCCCUAGGUACAACCAAUGCUACAUAUUGCUUCAAUAUGACCUUCAACCUGAAUUUGCUGAAAAUCACCAUUGCCCUGUUUGGACUGGCAGCAAACGCUAUUGUGCUCUGGUUCCUGAGCUUGCGAAGGAAUGCCUUCACAGUCUACAUCCUCAACCUGGCCGGGGCGGACUUCCUCUUCCUUGGGUUCGCCUUUGCAUAUUCCGUGGAGCAACUCAUCUACCUGACAAGCAGUGUCUUAUUCUAUGAGGAGGAACUCAUCCCAUUAUUCUUCAACACUAUGUCGACCUUCACCUACAUCGCAGGUCUGAGCAUUCUCAGUGCUAUUAGUACCGAGCGCUGCCUGUCGGUCCUGUGCCCCAUCUGGUACCGCUGCCACCGCCCGAGGCACCUGUCCGCAGCUAUGUGCAUCCUGCUCUGGGUACUCUCUCUGCUGAUGGCCACCCUUGAAGGCAAUUAUUGUGGCUUCCUUUUCACAGAUUUUAGCUAUAAGUGGUGCAAGGUAUUUGAUUUCCUCACAUUCGGGUGGCUGACUUUUUUAUUUGUUGUUCUCUCCGGGUCCAGCCUGAUGCUGGUGGCCAAGAUCCUUUGCAGUUCCAGACGGAUACCGCUGACCAGUCUCUACAUGGUCAUCCUGUUCACCGUACUGGCCUUCCUGCUCUUUGGCCUUCCCUUCGGCAUUUACUGGUUCCUCUUAUUCUGGAUUGAAAAUUAUUUAAAAUCAUUAUUUUGUGAUAUUCCUUUGGUUUUACUUGUUUUGUCAGCUAUUAACAGCAGCAUUAAUCCAAUCAUCUACUUUCUAGUUGGCUCCUUCAGAAAGCGACAGUGGCGGGGACAGCGGCCAACCCUCAGGCUAUGUGGAACAGCCUUACUCGGGGACUUCAACCCAUCUCCAUGUAAGCUUCUCCAACUCUUUUUCACAGCUUUGUCCAGGACUAUUUCAGCUUUUGAAGAGUCCACCUUCAGCAGAAGGUUGAAAUCAGCACAGGAAACAUCUAAAUUUCUUCGAUGA